AUGUUCAACAAAGAGUGCAACUCACAACCAACACUAAAAGCUUUCGUGACCGUCCUGUGCGUUACAAUUGCAGUAAUCUACGCUUCCUGCUAUGUACCUGUUGUUGUUAAUGAUCCAUGUCGACUAGGAUAUCAGGUUCUUCAGCGAGCAGCUCGCUGCGGCCGGCAUCGAGUUCCUGCUCAAGGCUACCAAAAACAUAUGCCGCCAAAGAGGUUAAGAAAGGCCAGACGUUCAAGCACUGCUUAUUGCUCCUCUGCUAGCGAUCGUUGCCAUUUCUACUACAAGAGCACUAACAUGUCAAGAUAUCGAUAUCUUCACCUUGACAGCGAAGGUUUGCUCAAGAAACUCACCGACCGAAGGGAAAUUUUCAAAAAUGUGACCAACAUGAUCAAAUUAACCAUGUUCAAUCAGGAAACGUACAUUCGCGUCAGGUUUGCAUCUGGUAUACCAAAAAGAAAUCAUAACGUUCACGAGAUACACAAUCCAGAAAGCCGGCGAUUCAUAACGAUGUGCUCAUACGGGAAGCUGCAAAGGAAAAUUUUUCACGUACCGGAUGAUGACGCAGUUUGGGAGAUUUUCGAUCCUUGUCAUGGGAGGAGGCAGUAG